GAGAGAGAGAGAGAGGCAGUCUUUGUAAGAAAGAAAACAGAAAUGACAUCAUGAAGGAGUUGUCUCUCUCCCUGCUGAGUCGGGGCUGUGGCCGAUUAAUCUCGUCCAAGGGAACCACUGGAAGACAAGAUGGACGCCUGGACGUCUGCUUUACACCACAGGAUUACUACAUCUGGAAGUCGCAGGAGUCUCUGCUGCGUUUUUCCAGCAGCGGCCAUGUGCUUGUGAAAGAGGAGUCAACCCUUCCGAAGACUUACAGUACCCGUAGGGGCCCACUUCUACUGUACUCCCAGGACCUGGUUACUAUGGAAACCAGCUGUGAGUCAGAGGCUGAGAACAGGAAGAAGCGACUUGCGCGACGGUACACUGAACAGGUGGAACGGCAGCUGAGCACCCUGAAGGAGCUAACGGCGGCCAUUUUGCGCUACGGCAAGAAUCAGUACACCUAUUCCCGACUCGCUCCGUCCCGCUUUCCUCCUCUUCCCUUCUCAAGAGUUCCAGACCUUCAUCUUCACCUUAAUCCCAGUCCUCUACCUGUUACACCGACACAAGCACAGCCCGGUCCAGAGUCGUCUGUGCAGUUGAACUCACAUUGUCGUCCUGCAGAGGAAAACUCUGAACCACUGGAGAAUCUACCUGAAGGUAGAGAGGAGGAGGAGCUUGACAGGAAGAAAAGAGUCAGGCUGGAUGUGUUCCUCCAGACAGCAUGUACCUCCAGGUCUCCUACCCCACAGACGGAGCCUCAGCCCUGGGUACACUAUGUAGCAGUAACCCCUGAAGAACCAGAGGAAGUACAGGCUUACUUAGACAUGUGUCUGCAGCAUACUGCCCGUUCCCAGCAAGUUGAAAUAAACCACCAAAGUACAGGCGGGGCACUCAAACAACCAAACAUGAACUGUGUCCUCGACGUGUCAGAUGAUCGAGACUGUUCCGUUCAGAGAAAUAGUGGCUUGAUCGGCGAUGAAGGCAACUAUGAAAGAUCGACGAGUGGGAACAGACAUGGGAGGACAGGUGAAGUUAAAACUAACCUUCAGCUUCAGAAUAUAAAUAAAAACCUGCACAACGAAACAACCUCAGGCCAGUCCCUUCCUCCACUGCAGGUGGGGAAGUCAGUCUGUUCUGGACCCUGCUGGGAGAAGACAGACUGGUUCCAGCCGAGGUGGGAGGGCCAGGACUGUGCUGGGCCCCGGGCUACCUCCCGUCUACCUCCCAUAGCAGAGAGCCGCACCGUUGCCCUAGCACGAGUGAUCCAGGAUCAGACCCAACAGUAUGUCCGACCGUGGUUACAAAGAGAUGGGUUUCAGUCCCAGGAUAAUCUGAGUAGACUCCAUCACCAGCCUUUGGUUCUACCUCUGCUGUUACCUGAGAAGGAAGUAGAGAUGAGUCGGAAGCUGAGAGGAGUAAGAGAAAAGACAGAGAGACAGAACUUUAAAAAGCAGACGAUAGGUCACGGAGGAGGAGCAGGAGGAGGAAGGCCGUCUGACAAAGGGUCUACGAUUCUGUUGGAGCCUGGAGACGAGCCUCCUCCAGUAGGAGUGUCGGGUUGUGUUGCAGGGCGGAAUGGCCCGGGCAAGCAGAGCUCUUUGGCGUUCUUACAGAACCGACUGCUCGACCCCCAGGAUCCCUGUGAAUCCAGUGAUGCCAACAGACGAGUAGUUAGAGGCGUUCUACCGCUGGAACUGAGAGAUUUGCAGAAUGGCAGAUCUGUUGGCAGCCUCAUCCUGGGUCCUGAUGGGGAAAUCAUUCAACUGUCACUGUACGACAGCAGCCGGGAUCCGUCUCAGGGUGAUGAUGUCACACAACGGCAAGCUCUCCAGGUUUUGUCCACAGAGGGAGAGACAUUACCCUGGGUCAUUGUUCUGCAACCUGAGCAUACAUACACAGACAGAGGGGUGGAGCUGAACACGCAGCACCACCAGUUCGUGCGUGAGAGAACAGAGAGUCACAUGACUGUUGGGCAGUUUGCAAUAGGAGAGAGAAGCUUCAGCACUGAACAGCUCUACUCAGAUGUCCAUGACGCAUCUUCAUCCCACGCUGACACAGUGGCUGUGACUCCGAAAAAAACAAAGAGAGCAGAGGCAGUGAUGGAAACAUCAGAGAAACUAAAGAAGGAUGGUAGAAACAAAGUUAGGAUGCCUCCACUGAGGGAGCGGGUUGCGAAGGAGGAGGAGGCAAGAGGAGGCGACACUGAUGCAGAGGAGGAGGAGGAGGAAGAGGAAGAGCUGGCCAUGACGGGACAGACUGGCCAUUCGUCUGGAUCACAUCGACCGGGUCUCUACAGAAAGAAGCAUCAGAGUAAAGAUGACGCGUUGGGCCUUCAGCAGAAAAUCGGCCCAACUGAGGCCACAAAAGAAAAAGCUGCGGACACGAGGAGGAUCAGGAAUAUGAAGAGGAAGGACGCUGAGGAAGCUGCAGUUGCAACUGGGAGAAGUGACAUGAAAACUUCGGAAUCAGAGGGACCGACGACACCGAGGGCGAAUCGAGACGGAGGAAGGCAGAGACAGAAAGUAGAAGGCAGCUCUCAACCAAUCAGGAGCCAGAAACCAGAGGAGCGAGGCGACAGAGGAGCAACAGAGACUCGGGACGACUCCGCUCUGCCCACAGAGAAAACGGAAACGAGAGAAAGGGAAGGAGAGAGAGGAGAGGGAGGGGAGGUGAAGACGAGCGAGGACAGACAAGCUCGAGGAGGAGGAGGAGGAGGAGCAGCGAAGCAGAAGGAAGCGUCUGCUGGGAGGAGGAGGAGGAAGAAGAGAGGGAGGGUGACGCACAAAGAAUUGGUUUCUGGGAACCACGAGGACCCUGUGGAGAAGGACGAGCAGGAGAUCAACCAGGAGGAAGAGGAGGUGGAGGUCAACUCAUCAAGACUACACGAAAAUGACACGAGCACAAAGUCACGGGACGACGUAGAAGCCGACCGCGUCUCCGCCGCUGACCAACGCAGAAGCUUCCGGUCAGUGAGUUCGCUCUGGUCCAGCGACGCCGCGUCCCGCGUCAGUCAGAGGACGUCGAGGAGGUCGACCGCCUCUUCCUGUGAGGCGCCGGCGACGCCGGUCAGCGCCAUGGGUCUCGCCGCAGCACCUGGCUGCCUGUCGCCAUGUUCCACUGUCAUGGUGACGGAGGAGCAGCUGAUGUUGAACCCAGUGAAGCCAGAGUCGUCCACACCCAGGACGAGUCAGGAGGAGGCCGCAGCUCUGCGUGUGGCCCAGAGAGCCGAGCGACGGCGGCAGGAGGUGGAGAGGAAGAGGAGGGAGCGGGAGGAAGAGGAGGAGAGGAAACAGAAGGAGAGGGAGCAGACGGAGGAAAGGAUGAAGGGCGAGCUGGAGCUGGAGAGGAGGAAGAGAGCCGAGGAGCUCAGGUCCUGUACUUUCCCUACAAGGAUACGAGAUUCGUAGACUUGUAUACAACGUCUCCACUAAUAUCAACAGCCCUUCGUUCCUUUAGAGUGAAGAAGCUGGCGGCGGAGGAGGAGGAGAGGAGGCGCGAGGAGGAGGAGCAGGCCCGAGCGAGGCACGAGGAGGCGCGAAGAGAGAGCGAGAGGAGGAGGCAGGAGGAGAGGAGGAGGCAGA